UGGAAUGUUACCUAGUCCAUGCUGAAAAUAAUGAUUUGAACAGUGUUGAAGAGGGGACUGGAUUGGCCUUUCAGUCAAAUAUUUCUCAACUUCAGAGAUUUCAAAAUGAAGAACAAACUGUUAGGUGGGGUUCACUUGAGAAGUCCUUCACUGAGGACUCAACCCUACAAAAUUAUCAGAGCAUUUUCAACGGAGACAGAGUUGCUCAAGGCAGUGAGUGUGAAAAAACGUUUGAUCAAGGCUCAAAUGUUAAUAAAGAUCUGAGGACUCAUUUUCAAGAGAAUGAUUUUGAACGUAAUAAUGGUGAGGAAUUCAUUGAUACAAGAUCCAAUGUUAUACAUCACACUAUGCAUAUAGGAGAGUAUGCUUAUAAAGGUAACGAAUGUGAAAGAGAUUUUAACCAGUCCUUCAGCAUGAGCGAUCAUCAGAGAAUUCAUAUGGGAAAGAAACCUUAUGGAUAUGAUAAGCCUGGGAACGUGUCUAGUGAGUCAUCCAGAAUACGUAUACGUAAGACCGUCUGUAGUGGAGAGAAACCUUACCAAUGUAUAGAAUGUGGCAAGGCCUUUUCCCACAAAAGAAACUUCACUAGACAUCAAAGAAUUCAUACUGAGGAGAACCGUUACAAAUGUAAAGAAUGUGGCAAAGCCUUUCAGCAGAAAUCACAUGUUAAAAGCCAUGAGAGAAUUCAUACUGGAGAGACACCUUACAAAUGUAAAGAAUGUGGCAAGGCAUUUUCCUACAAAGCAAACCUCACUACACAUCACAGAAUUCAUACUGGAGAGAAACCUUACAAAUGUAAAGAAUGUGGCAAAGCCUUUCAGCAGAAAUCAUACGUUAUCAUCCAUGAGAGAAUUCAUACUGGAGAGACACCUUACAAAUGUAAAGAAUGUGGCAAAGCCUUUAAGCAGAAAUCAAACCUUAUCAUCCAUGAGAGGAUUCAUACUGGAGAGAAACCUUACAAAUGUAAAGAAUGUGGCAAAGCUUUUCAGUACAAAUCAUGCUGUAACAUCCAUGAGAGAAUUCAUACUGGAGAGACACCUUACAAAUGUAAGGAAUGUGGUGAAACCUUUAAACAGAACGCACACCUUACUCAGCAUAUAAAUACUCAUACUCGAGAGAAAAUUUAUAAAUGUAAAGAAUGUGGCAAGGGCUUUUCCCAAAAAACAAGCCUCACUGUACAUCACAGAAUUCAUACUGGAGAGAAACCUUACAAAUGUAGAGAAUGUGGCAUGGCCUUUAGGUACAAAGCAUGCUUUAACAUCCAUGAGAGAAUUCAUACUGGAGAGACACCUUACAAAUGUAAAGAAUGUGGCAAGGCCUUUCAACAGAAAUCAUAUGUUAACAUCCAUGAGAGAAUUCAUACUGGAGAGACACCUUACAAAUGUAACGAAUGCGGGAAAGCCUUUUUCUACAAAACAAACUUCACUAAGCAUCAGAAAAUUCAUACAGGAGAGAAACCUUACAAAUGUAAAGAAUGUGGCAAAGCCUUUCGGCAGAAAUCACAUGUUAAAAGCCAUGAGAGAAUUCAUACUGGAGAGACACCUUACAAAUGUAAAGAAUGUGGCAAGGCAUUUUCCUACAAAGCAAACCUCACUACGCAUCACAGAAUUCAUACUGGAGAGAAACCUUACAAAUGUAAAGAAUGUGGCAAAACCUUUAAACAGCUCGCACACCUUACUCAGCAUAUAAAUACUCAUACUCGAGAGAAAAUUUAUAAAUGUAAAGAAUGUGGCAAGGGCUUUUCCCACAAAACAAGCCUCACUAUACAUCACAGAAUUCAUACUGGAGAGAAACCUUACAAAUGUAGAGAAUGUGGCAAGGCCUUUAAGCAGAAAUCAUACAUUAUCAUCCAUGAGAGAAUUCAUACUGGAGAGACACCUUACAAAUGUAAAGAAUGUGGCAAAGCCUUUAAACAGCACUCAACCCUUACUCAGCAUAUAAAUACUCAUACUCGAGAGAAAACUUAUAAAUGUAAAGAAUGUAGCAAAGGCUUUUUCUGGAAAACAAACCUCACUGAACACCACAGAAUUCAUACUGGAGAGAAGCCUUACAAAUGUAAAGAAUGUGGCAAAGCCUUUCAGCAGAAAUCACAUGUUAAAAGCCAUGAGAGAAUUCAUACUGGAGAGACACCUUACAAAUGUAAAGAAUGUGGCAAAGCCUUUCAACAGAAAUCAUAU